CCGUUUCUAGCUGCUUCUGCUGGAAUCUCUGCUUAGUUCCCUAGCGAGUAGGCUGGACUUCUGAAUGUUUUUAGGUUCCUGCCAUCCUCUGCGUAGAGCAUCCUUCCCUGUCCUCUCUUCCGUCGUUUUAAUUUUAAACUCCAACAUCGCGACAAAGGAGGGGUGUUCGUUCUGUCUCGCACGCGGCUGCUGCGCUGCUGCUCGAUCAGACCCACACAUCGUUACAGCUAAAGGAUAAGAAAAUGGCUUAGUUCUGAUGAACGAGUUUCGUUUCCAAGCCUAUUUCUUGAACGAUUUCAAGCUCGUUCUUUGUCGCUUCGUCCUGACCCUCUCGACGUCCAUAGCACUCAUUCUGGCCAAUCGCAGCGCUAUAUUCAGCAUUAACUGUUAACUGCUUAUCAAAGGACCUAUCGCACACCCAUUCGCGAGGUUCCGCAUCUUGACACGUCAGCUGCUCUGCUACCCACCAGAAACGGUCGAUAGGAAAAACAGCUCUUUCUCCGAUUUUCAGGAAGAUAGGAUUGUUAGAGUUCUUAAAGCCCGGGUGGCAGCCAGGCAGUCGCAAAAGCGCCAGCGAAAGGGAAAGGCCCGAAAUUCCGUGCUCUCUGUUACCACUCUCAGUCAUCUCGCUCUGUAAUCACACUCUGUAGUCAAACUAGUCAUCGGUAGGUCAGGCAUCAGUAGUCAGUGUAGCUGCGAUGCAGUUCCUGCGAUCGGUGCUGGGGACUGGCGGAGGGGCCAAGGAGUUUCCGUACAACAUCGGCGAAGCUUACCCGUCCGCAUGGGGUCCCUGGACGCACCACCAAGGCACCUGCAAGGAGGACGGCAGUGCAGUAUCGAUCUUCUCCAUAACGGGUUCGAAUCCUCAGGACGCCAGACUUGCUCCUGCGAGGAACUGCGUCAAGCGACUCAGAAUGCUGCGGCAUCCGAACGUGCUGUCGUUUCUGAACAGCCUUGAGGUGGAGAAGGAGGAGGGCGGCGUGCAGAAGCCGACCAUCUACAUCAUCACGGAGCCCGUCAUGCCGCUGGACCUGCGACUGAAGGAGCUCAAGCUCAAAGGAUCCCAGAGGGACGAGUAUUAUGCGUGGGGACUGCUGCAAGUGGCGAAGGCUGUGAGCUUUCUCAACAAUGACUGCAAGCUGGUGCAUGGCAACGUGUGCAUGGCAGCAGUAGUAACCACGGGCACGCUUGACUGGAAGCUGCAUGGCUUUGACGUGCUGUCGGAGUUCGAUGGGGGCAAGCCCGACGCCCCUGAUGGGCCCAUGCUGCCAUACGAGUGGAUGGUGGGCGCACAGUACAAGUCCAUGGAGCUAGCCAAGAGUGACUGGGCCGCCAUCAGGCGGGGCCCUCCCUACGCCAUCGACUCCUGGGGGCUUGGCUGUCUGAUCCAGGAGGUGUUUUCAGGGCACCAGCUGACUCGCACUGAAGAGCUCAGAAACACAGCGUGCAUCCCCAAGACUCUCCUUCCGGACUACCAGCGUCUGCUCAGCUCUGCCCCUGCCAGGCGACUCAACCCCGCCAAGCUCAUUGACAAUAGCGAGUUCUUCCAGAACAAGCUAGUGGAGACGGUACAGUUCAUGGAGGUGCUGAGCCUCAAGGACAGCGUGGAGAAGGACGGCUUCUUCCGCCGCCUGCCCGCCCUCUGCGACCAGCUCUCGCGCCCCAUCCUCCUCAAGAAAAUCCUCCCACAGCUCUCCUCCGCCCUCGAGUUUGGGUCGGCUCCAGCGCCGGCUCUGACUGUGGUGCUCAAGCUAGGGGGGUGGCUGAACCAGGAGGAGUUUAAUGCCAAGGUGCUGCCCACACUAGUGAAGCUGUUCGGGUCGUCGGAUCGCGCCAUCCGGGUGUCACUCCUCCAGCACCUGGACUCGUUUGGCGCACAGCUAGCCCCCAGCGUGGUGGAGGAGCAGGUGUUUCCGCACCUCAGCUCCGGCUUCACCGACCCCUCGGCCCUCUUGAGAGAGCUCACGCUCAAGUCCAUGCUGCUGCUCGCACCCAAGCUCUCCCAGCGCGCUCUUGGGGGCCCUCUGCUCAAGCAUCUCUCCAAGCUGCAGGUGGAUGAGGAAGCAGCCAUCCGCACCAACACAACCAUAUUGCUUGGGAAUAUCGCCAGACACCUGAACGAAGCAACGCGCAAGCGAGUGCUCAUCAACGCCUUCACUGUGCGAGCUUUGAGGGACGCCUUCCCUCCUGCCAGGGCUGCAGGCAUCAUGGCCCUGGCGGCCACCAAGGAGUAUUACGACGCCACGGAGAUUGCGACCCGCAUUCUACCAGCUCUAGUGGUGCUCACUGUGGAUGCCGACACCGAUGUGCACACCAGGGCGGUGCAGGCCGCCUUUGCGUUCCUUCAGUCAGUCUCUGAUUUCCACGCCAAGAUUGAAGGUCACACAGCAGAGCAAGCCCAUGCAGCCGCACCUGCUGCUGCAUCUGCUGCUGCGAGUGCUGGCUCCUCUGGCGGGCUGCUAGGUUGGGCUGUCAGCUCGCUUACCUCAGCAGGCCCCAAGGCAGGAGCCGGGGCUUCUGCUGCAGUUUCUGGGGGAGAUUCUACGACUUCUACUUCUGCUGCUCCUGCUGCUGCCGCUGCAUCCGAGCCUGAGGGCAACGGAUGGGGAGACGAAAUCGAAGAGGAGGAGGAGGAAGAGCAGCCAAAACCAAAACCCUCCAUCCACCGACCAGCCCCUGCCGGACCCACCUCCAUCUCCUCUCUCACCCACUCCAAGCCUGCACCAGCUGCACCUUCCCCGGCUGAGCCUGAGGCAGAGGAGGAGGAGGAUGGAGAUGGGUGGGGGGACCUGGACGACAAUGACGACAAUGCUUUGUCCAAGACUGCUGCAGCUGCUGCCGCAUCUCUCUCUCGCAUCCAGGCAGCUCAGCAACGGCCUGUGGUGCACCAUGCUGCUCCCGUGUCUGCCACUCACCAUGCUCCUGCCGCUGCUAUCCCUGCGCCAGCUGCAGCCACCACCACAAGUGCUGCUGCUCCCACUGCCUCACCUCAAAAGCCAGCAGUGGUUCGGCCGGCGGGAGUGAGACUAGGGGGAGGAUCAGCAGCGGGCAAGGCAGGGGGGUCACUGGGUGUGACCCGGGGGAAGCCAGCAGGAGCAGCUGCUGCUUCUGCUGCUGCCUCAAGUUCGAUGAGUAAGGACGACGACCCCUGGGCUGCCAUUGCCGCUCCUGCGCCUGUCAGCUCGGCCAAGCCUCUCCGUGCCGGCUCUGCCUCGGCGACAGGCUCGGUGACAGCAAGAGGUUCGGCGGCGAGCCGAGGUAGUGGAGGCGGUACGGCGAGUGGGCAUGUGAAGCUGCCAGCAGGGGCGGACAUGUCUUUAGAGAGUAUGCUGGCGGGUGACAGUGGGGUGAAGAAGCCUACUGGGAUGAGACUAGGGGCGCAGAAGUUGAGCCGGUAGGUUAUGUCACAUUAGUUAUUACGGUAUGACACCUGGUUUAUAUGUGCUGUGGCAUGCUAUAGUGUGCACUGUAUUACUUCCUACGUGAUAAGUGGAUGCAUACGAGGAUUUUAAGGUGAACC